AGGAAAAAAAAUGUAGUAAUACUCUCUUCACGUUUACAGUCUGUUGAUUCAAUUCAUUUCUUAGUCUGUAUCUAUCCAACUUUUAUUUCUCUCUCCUCUCUCUCUUCGGACAAACUACAAAAGUGCGUGGGCGGCGGCGGCAAUGGGCAACUGCUGCUCCGACGUGGCCGGCGGACGGACGGCCGUCGGCGGCACUUCUUCUCAAGCUAAUCCAACUGACACUCCAAACGACGCCGUUGAUUGCUUUCUCAAGUCCCGUGGCUACCACGGCCAGUUUUCUCAGAUCGAGUUAUCAUUCUCUGCUGCAAACUUACGUGAUCGGGAUGUGCUUUCAAAGAGUGAUCCCAUGGCAGUUAUUUAUGCUAAAGGAAGAGAUGGUGCACUUCAAGAGCUUGGCCGUACUGAAGUUGUGUUAAAUUCGUUGAAUCCCAAGUGGAUCACAAAGCAAACUGUUACCUAUUAUUUUGAGGUGGUGCAGACCUUGGUGUUUCAUGUGUAUGAUGUUGACACUCAGUUUCACAAUGUUGAUGUAAAGAUGCUUAAGCUGGACGAGCAGCAAUUUCUUGGCGAGGCUACUUGUGCAUUGUCCGAGAUUCUCACAAAAUCCAUUAGGUCAUUGUCCUUGCCUCUUGUACAUAGAGAGGAAUCUAUAAGAGCAACCCAUUCCAGAAAUUACGGUGAGCUCACUGUUCAUGCCGAAGAGUGUGUUAGCUCAAAGACUACAACAGAGUUGAUUUUGAGGUGUUCAGAAUUGGAAUAUAAGGAUCUGUUCUCAAGAACUGACCCCUUUUUGGUAAUAUCAAAAAUUGUGGAGAGUGGACCCCCUAUUCCAAUUUGCAAAACAGAAGUUUUAAGAAGUGAUCUUAAUCCAAAGUGGAAACCAGUUUUUUUGAAUAUUCAGCAAGUUGGAAGCAAGGACAAUCCACUAAUUAUAGAAUGCUUUAACUUCAGUAGCAAUGGGAAACAUGAUUUGAUUGGAAAAGUUCAGAAAUCACUAGCAGACUUGGAAAAGCUUCGUUCUAUUCCGCAAGGGGAACAUUUAUUUUUACCAACUGUUGUUGGGCAUGAUCAUCACAACAAGGUUUUAAAGACUCAGCUAUUUGUAGACAAGUUUUCUGAGUGUGUCCAACAUACUUUCCUGGAUUACAUAGCUAAUGGAUGUGAAAUGAGCUUCAUGGUGGCCAUUGAUUUCACAGCUUCAAAUGGAAAUCCACGCCUGCCUGAUUCCUUGCAUUAUAUAGACCCGUCAGGUCGGCCAAAUGCGUAUCAGAGAGCAAUCUUAGAGAUUGGAGAGGUGUUGCAGUUUUAUGAUACAGACAAGCGCUUUCCUGCUUGGGGUUUUGGAGCACGACCAAUUGAUGGUCCAGUCUCUCAUUGUUUUAACUUGAAUGGUAGCAGUAAUUGCUGUGAGGUUGAAGGAAUCCCAGGAAUUAUGAUGGCAUAUACAAGUGCUCUCUUUAAUGUGUCACUUGCAGGGCCAACCCUUUUUGGACCUGUAAUUAAUGCUGCUGCACUGAUAGCCAGUCAGUCUCUUGCUACGGAUCAGCAGAAGUACUUUGUUUUGUUAAUAAUCACAGAUGGGGUAAUAACCGAUCUUCAAGAAACAAAAGAUGCCCUUGUGAAGGCGUCCGACCUGCCAUUGUCAAUCCUUAUUGUUGGGGUUGGAGGAGCUGACUUUAAGGAGAUGGAGGUUUUAGACGCAGACAAAGGAGACAGGCUUGAAAGUUCAAGUGGACGUGUUGCAUCACGUGAUAUAGUCCAAUUUGUUCCGUUUCGCGAUGUACAGAGUGGUGAGAUCUCUAUUGUUCACUCGCUUCUAGCAGAAUUACCUACCCAAUUUUUAACGUACAUGCGAACCAGAGAUAUUCAACCAAAAAGGCCAUUGUAGACAUUGUACAUAGUUGACAAUUUAUUCUGUUAUUGGCGCCCAUGCUAACCGAGUUCAACAUAGUUCCAGCAAGGGCUUUGUUGAGAUUGGUUGAGCUGAGUUGUUCCGAAUGAGGUUGAUUUUGUUGGGUCCAUGGUGCCAGUGCUGCUCAAGGAUUCUCCAUUUCUAGUGAGGCAUCCUUCAUCUCACUAGGAAGGGUAACAUUACAUUUGUUUAUAACAGUUGAGGAAAAAUCAUUUAUGCAUCAAAGCUACACAGAUCGAUCCUUGUUCACAAACUUGAGAAUGGUGAUAAAAGAGAUCAAAGUCAAAGAAAGGUGAGGAGGGUGUGACUAUUAUAGUUGUUUUUGGUCAAUGGGUUAGAGAUUUUGGCAAUGCUAAUUAACUGGGUUCGCUCUCUCUCUCUCUCAUAAUGAUAAUCUCUAACCCAUUGACAAGAAACAACUAUAAUAAUGAGACCCUUUAUUAUUAUUAUUAUUUUUUAAAAAUUGGUUAACUAAAACUAUAUUGAAUGAAAGAAAUAUUAUACAAUUUUAAGAGAUAAUACUUGGUGAUCUAAUUGAUAGAUGGAGUACUCAGCUCGCUGUGCGGGUUUGUUGGUGUUCAA